ACACUAACAGGAGCUCGAAAUCAUCGGCGGAGAGCGCUUUAGAUUUAACUCCACCGCCACACUUAUGCUUCCGAGCUCCACUCUCUCCUACUACGCAAAAAAAAAAAAAAAACCACUCUCUCCUUAUCUUUUUCAGGCCCAUCUCGUGCUCACCGUCGAACCCCGCCGGCGUUCAGCAAGCUGACAAAAUCCACAAUGACUACGGAGCAUGAAGAGGUAGAAAGAGUUUGUGCAAAAAAAAAAAGGAGGGAGAGAGAGUGAUGUACCGAGAGAGAGAGAGAGAGAGAGUAAAAAAAAGAGGGAGAGAGGGAGUACGCGUCUACCGCCUCGUCUCGUUAUAGCCUCAACCUCCUUGUAUUCAUUGCCUUCGCUCUUUAAUAGACACACUCAGUAUUCCAGUCACCUCACGAUCCCAGCCCCACCUGCUUCCUUCAUCGGAACAAUCGCCAUACUCCAAUCUAUCGGUACGAGAGUAAAUUUAUAGAAUAAUGAAGCAUUUAGUUUAAUGUUGCGGUUCCCCCGAGAAGAGACCGCCAAUUUCCUUUCGCUCUCAUCAAAAGACGACAACCGCGGCGGGGGAAGGAGUUAACAAAGUCCUGGCGCGCCCCGCCUUGGAUGGCAGCGUCCGCCCACCUCAAAACCCAGUCUGAGCCACACCCCCCGAGAUCCAAGCGUCGCAAGCGCCGCGAGACCACCAUCCCCACCUUCCCCUACCCCCACGUCGUCUCUUCCGACGGUGGCGCCUGGUGCUGCGCCGCCUCCUCCAGGCCCCACCACCACCACCCCCCUCCCUUGCCUGCCUCCUCCGCCUCGCCUCCCUACCCCCGCCGCCCUCCUCCACUUCCGCCACCAUUGGAGCUGGAGCUCGCUCUCGCCGAGGAGCCCUCCCCUUCGACUUCCCACCACUCCCCGUCGCCGGCCCGGAGCUCCCCUGGCUGGGCUUCCCCGGGCGCCACCAUGGACACUGCCACCGGCACCGCCGCGUUCCCGGCCCACCCCUCGUGCCUCCCUUGCUACAGCAAGUUCAAUUCCGCCCUCAACGCGGGGCUCCUGAACCCCAUGUCACCCCCGCCCCUCGACAAGACCCGCUCAAGCCCCACCCUCUUCGACAUGAUGGCCAACGAGCAGGAGUAUCAACCACGCGCCUCCCUACCGCCUCCCCCUCCCCCUCCGCCCGCCGACCGCGCCGCCCCCUUCCAGGAGCUCAUGCUCCACGAGCGGAUCGCGGAGAUUCUGGGCAGCUGUAGCCCCGGGAAUCAGUUCAAUGACCCCGACUCCAGCGACGUCCGGCUCACCCUCAGCUCCAAGGAUGGCCUCAGCGUCUCCCUCAACGUCCACCACCACAUCCUGGUUGCCCACAGCCGCUUCUUCGCCGCCAAGCUCUCCGAUCGUUGGUCCCGCCAGCAGCAUUCGCUCCCCCACAUCGUUGAGAUCUCCGACUGCGACGACGUCGAGGUCUACAUCGAGACUCUCCGCCUCAUGUACUGCAACGACCUCCGCCGCCGCCUUAUGAGGGAGGACGUCUCCAAGGUCCUCGGCAUCCUAAAGAUCUCGGCGGCAAUCGAGUUCGACGCUGGGGUUUUGUCUUGCCUGGAGUACCUGGAGGCGGCUCCCUGGGGCGAGGACGAGGAGGAGAAGGUGGCCUCCCUGCUCUUCCAGCUCCAACUCGGGAGCUCGGGCGCAGGGGAGGUCCUAAAAAGAGUCUCCUUGGAAGUAGGCCCCUCCUCGGCGAACGAAGCCAACAGCAACGGUGGCCAGGAGAUCCUGGUCCGGCUUCUCCAGGUGGUCUUGGAGGGCAAGGACGAGAAGGCACGGCGGGAGAUGAAGGGCCUCGUGUCGAAAAUGCUCCGGGAGAACAGCGCCUCCUACGGCCGGGGCGGUGGCUGCGCCUCUGGCGGGGACCUCAGCAAGGAGUCCCUCUACUCCGCCUGCGACGGUUGCCUCCGCCUCCUUCGCCACCACUUCCUCUGCGCUGCCGCCGCCGACCUGUCGGAGGCCGCCCAAAUAGCCCGCCAGGCCGACAACCUCCACUGGCUCCUUGACAUCCUCAUCGACCGCCAGAUGGCCGACGAGUUCCUCCGGACCUGGGCGGGCCAGGCGGAGCUCUCGGAAGCGCAUUCCAAAGUCCCGGCAAUCCACCGGUACGAGGUGAGCCGGGUCACAGCCCGGCUCUUUGUGGGGGUGGGCAAGGGCCAGAUUUUAGUCUCCAAGGAGGCGAGGUGCUUGCUCUUAAGCACUUGGCUUGAGCCUUUCUACGAGGACUUCGGGUGGAUGAGGAGAGCUUGCAAGGGGCUCGACCGCCACUUGAUGGAGGACGGGCUGGCCAACACCAUUCUGACGCUGCCGCUGGCGAUGCAGCAGGAGAUCUUGCUGGCCUGGUUCGAACGGUUCCUGAAUUCUGGGGACGACUGCCCUAAUAUCCAGAGGGGUUUCGAGGUGUGGUGGCGGAGGGCUUUCUGGCGGCGGAAUGGGGAGCCCGAGCAGCCGCCGCAGCUUAGGAUCGCCGCCGCCGUCUGUGAGAAUUCCUGACCAGCAGCUCAUUGCCAUCUGGUUUGGUCUUAGUUUAUUCUGUUCUUACUCAUUUUUUUAACUCUCUUUUGAUUCCAUUGCUGUUUGGAUUUUGUAU